AUGAGGGGUUACCAUGGCGACCGAGGCAGCCAUCCCCGCCCAGCCCGCUUUGCUGACCAACAGCAUAUGGACGUGGGCCCAGCUGCCAGGGCCCCGUACCUGCUGGGCUCCAGGGAGGUCUUCUCUACUGAGCCCCGUUUCUGUGCUCCGAGAGCUGGCCUGGGACACCUUUCUCCAGAAGGGCCCCUGAGCCUGAGUGAAGGGCCGUCCAUAGGCCCUGAGGGAGGGUCAGGGGGGGCUGGGGCUGGGGGAGGCAGCAGUACCUUCCCCAGGAUGUACCCUGGCCAGGGCCCCUUCGACACCUGUGAAGACUGUGUGGGCCACCCACAGGGCAAGGGUGCCCCCCGCUUGCCUCCUACACUCCUGGAUCAGUUUGAAAAGCAGUUGCCCGUUCAGCAAGAUGGCUUCCAUACACUACCAUACCAGCGUGGUCCAGCAGGGGCUGGGCCUGGGUCAGGGCCAGGGUCUGGCACUGCCCCUGAGCCCCGGAGUGAAAGCCCUAGCCGAAUUCGGCAUCUGGUUCACUCUGUGCAGAAGCUUUUUGCCAAGUCCCACUCUUUGGAGGCACCUGGGAAGCGGGACUAUAAUGGGCCCAAGGCCGAGGGAAGAAGUAGCUCUGGAGGAGACAGCUACCCUGGUCCAGGAUCUGGAGGCCCCCACACCUCCCACCACCACCAUCACCACCACCAUCACCACCACCACCAGUCUCGACAUGGCAAGAGGAGCAAGAGCAAGGACCGAAAGGGGGAUGGGCGGCACCAGACCAAGGCCACGGGCUGGUGGAGCUCUGAUGACAACUUGGACAGUGAUAGCGGCUUCCUGGCAGGGGGGCGGCCCCCCGGGGAGCCUGGUGGUCCCUUCUGCCUGGAGGCUCCAGAUGGGUCCUACCGAGACUUGAGCUUCAAGGGGCGCUCAGGCGGGUCUGAAGGCCGCUGCCUUGCCUGCACUGGCAUGUCCAUGUCAUUGGAUGGACAAUCCGUCAAGCGAAGUGCCUGGCAUACCAUGAUGGUCAGCCAGGGCCGGGAUGGAUACCCAGGGCCUGGGCCAAGCAAAGGGCUCCUGGGUCCAGAGGCCAAGGCCAAAGCCAGGACUUAUCACUACCUGCAGGUGCCACAAGACGACUGGGGGGGUUACCCCACGGGUGGCAAGGAUGGGGAGAUCCCCUGCCGCAGGAUGCGGAGCGGCAGCUACAUCAAAGCCAUGGGGGAUGAGGAGAGCGGAGACUCGGAUGGCAGCCCCAAGACAUCUCCCAAAGCACUCGCCCGGCGCUUUGCCUCCCGCCGCUCCUCCAGUGUGGACACAGCUCGAAUCAACUGCUGUGUCCCACCCCGGAUCCAUCCUCGGAGCUCCAUCCCUGGCUAUAGCCGUUCCCUCACCACUGGACAGCUCAGUGACGAGUUGAACCAGCAGCUGGAGGCCGUGUGUGGGUCUGUGUUUGGGGAGCUUGAGUCCCAGGCUGUGGACGCCCUGGACCUGCCUGGCUGUUUCCGCAUGCGGAGCCACAGCUACCUCCGGGCCAUCCAGGCUGGAUGCUCUCAAGAUGACGACUGCCUACCCCUCCUAGCUGCCCCUGCCUCUGUCUCAGGGAGGCCCGGCUCCUCCUUCAACUUCAGAAAGGCCCCGCCCCCCAUCCCACCGGGGAGCCAGGCCCCGCCCCGCAUCUCCAUCACCGCACAGAGCAGCACCGACUCCGCCCACGAGAGCUUCACAGCCACCACCGAGGGCCCGGCCCGGCGCUGCAGCUCGGCUGACGGGCUGGACGGCCCCGCCAUGGGCGCUCGCACCCUGGAGCUGGCGCCGGUGCCACCCCGGGCGAGCCCCAAGCCCCCCACACUCAUCAUCAAGACCAUCCCCGGCAGGGAGGAGCUGCGGAGCCUGGCAAGACAGCGGAAGUGGCGGCCGUCCAUUGGGGUGCAGGUGGAGACCAUCUCGGACUCCGACACUGAGAACCGAAGCCGAAGAGAGUUCCACUCCAUCGGAGUACAGGUGGAAGAGGACAAGAGGCGGGCGAGGUUCAAGCGCUCCAACAGUGUGACAGCUGGUGUGCAAGCAGACCUGGAGCUGGAGGGCCUGGCUGGUUUGGCCACGGUGGCCACAGAAGACAAAGGCCUGCAGUUUGGACGCUCCUUCCAGAGGCACGCCUCUGAGCCCCAGCCCGGACCCCGGGCCCCCACCUACUCAGUCUUCCGCACGGUCCACACGCAGGGCCAGUGGGCCUACCGUGAGGGCUACCCACUGCCGUAUGAGCCGCCGGCCACAGAUGGGUCACCUGGCCCUGCCCCGGCCCCUGCCCCUGGCCCUGGGUCUGGCAGGCGUGAUUCCUGGAUGGAGCGUGGUUCACGUAGCCUCCCUGACUCAGGCCGCACAUCUCCCUGCCCACGGGAUGGCGAGUGGUUCAUCAAGAUGCUGCGGGCAGAGGUGGAGAAGCUGGAGCACUGGUGCCAGCAGAUGGAGCGUGAGGCGGAGGACUAUGAGCUGCCCGAGGAGAUCCUGGAGAAGAUCCGCAGUGCCGUGGGCAGCACACAACUUCUGCUGUCUCAGAAGGUCCAGCAAUUCUUCCGGCUGUGUCAGCAAAGCAUGGACCCUACUGCGUUCCCCGUGCCCACCUUCCAGGACCUGGCGGGUUUCUGGGACCUCCUGCAGCUCUCCAUUGAGGAUGUGACCCUCAAGUUCCUGGAGCUACAGCAACUCAAGGCCAACAGCUGGAAACUCCUGGAGCCCAAGGAGGAGAAGAAGGUCCCUCCGCCGAUACCAAAGAAGCCCUCGCGGGGCCGGGGCGUGCCGGUGAAGGAGCGCUCCCUGGACUCCGUGGACCGGCAGCGGCAGGAAGCGCGCAAGCGGCUCCUGGCGGCCAAGCGCGCCGCCUCCUUCCGCCACAGCUCGGCCACCGAGAGCGCGGACAGCAUCGAGAUCUACAUCCCCGAGGCCCAGACCAGGCUGUGA